CCCCACAGUCAAAGUCAACGCACAUGGCGGGAAGAGAAUAUUCAUCGUUAUCUCCAACUUCCCUUUUUCUUUAAAAAGAGAAAAAGAAAAUUCUUCCUUCUAUUCCCCUCCUCUUACAUCCUAACGGAUGCUUUUCGCCUGCUCCAAGUCUUCGAUGUAACGAAACCAACAAAGGAAAAGGCCAAAAAAGAAAAAAAAAAGAAAAAAAAAAGAAGCCGUUAAUGGAUUCCUCCGCUUUGGUGCCUCCGAGUUUCCUCGCUCAAACCAAUGCUCUCAUGCGGAAAAACCUCAUUUUCCAGAAACGGAAUCGGAAAUCAACUCUCCGGCUAGUGGUGUUUCCAAUCUACCUCUGUGUUCUACUAGCUGUACUGCAAACAACCAUCAACAAACAAUUGAACAAGCCCAAGUACAGAUGCGGCUGCAAAUGUGUCGAUGCGAACGGCGACGGCUCUUGCCAAAAUGUGUGCGGAAUUCAGUACUCUACGCCGGAUCAAGCCGACAGUUGUGCGAUACCGAGUCCCCCGGAGUGGCCCGCCCUGCUGCAAGUGCCUCGACCCGAAUAUCGCGCUGCUCGGGCUGCUUCCGGUGAUCCUAGGGACUUGCCGAAUGAGUCGUGCAGAGAGGCACGGUCUUGUCCGGCUAGCAUACUCUUCACGGGGAAAAAUGAAUCGCUGUCGGGCAGUUUGGCGUCGAACUUGUUCGCAAGCUCGCCACUUUCAAAUCUCUCUGAUUAUCUGAGCACUCUAUCGGAUUUAAUCGCAGGCACAGAUACACCGACCAGAUAUACAGAGUUUGUUGAACCUGCGUUUUUCUCAGGUAGACCCGUAUACUUUGUUCAACCACAGUGUCGACAAAAUAUUUCGCUUACGGUCCCUGUUAGCGCUUCUUCAGUCACACUUAUGCAAGAGCUAAAAUGUGUUCAAGGAUUGCCUUUGUGGCGAAACAGUUCCUUCGAGAUAAAUGAUGAGUUGUUCAAGGGUUACCGACAAGGGAACACAGAAAGAAUGAUUAAUGAAUUUACAGCAGCUUAUGAUUUCCUAAACUCCAAUUUGACGAAUUUUAAUGUGAUUGUUUGGUAUAAUUCAACCUACAAAAAUGCCACUGUUGGUAGCCCGCCUGCACUUUUGCGUGUUUCGCGCUCGUUGAAUAUUGUCUCAAAUGCCUUCCUUGAGUUCUUACGAGGGAAAGGAGUGAAGAUACAACUUGAGUUCACUGAAGAAAUGCCUAAACCUGCAACUCGCUUAACAUUCGAUUUUUCAUCUCUUGCUGGUCCUCUCUUCUUUCUGUGGGUUAUAGAGCUACUGUUUCCAGUCAUGUUGACGUAUCUAGUCUACGAGAAGCAACACAAACUAAGAAUAAUGAUGAAAAUGCACGGGCUAAGGGAUGGCCCUUAUUGGGUUAUAUACUACUUGUAUUUCCUUCUCCUCUCCUCCAUAUAUAUGUUACUUUUUGUGAUUUUUGGAUCUCUAAUAGGGCUAAAGUUCUUCAGCCUGAAUGACUACAGCAUACAGUUUGUAUUCUUUUUCAGCUUCAUUAACUUACAAAUUGUACUCGCUUUUCUAGCGGCAACAUUCUUUUCCAAUGUGAAGACUGCUCAAGUAAUUGGCUACCUAUACAUAUUUGGUUCUGGGUUGAUGGCAGCGUAUCUUCUUCGGUCUUUCAUUGAGGAUUCAUCCUUCCCAAGACAUUGGAUUACUGUUCUAGAGAUCAUACCGGCGUUCUCUUUGUUUCGAGGGCUAUAUGAGUUUAGCCAAUAUUCUUUCAAUGCAAGUCAAGUGGGUACGUCCGGUAUGCAUUGGAGAGAUUUGAAUAACAGUGUGAACGGAAUGAAAGAUGCCCUUAUUAUCAUCAUCGUGGAAUGGCUGAUUCUGCUCCCUGUUGCAUAUUAUUUGGAUUAUGCUCUCUUACAAGGCAGCAGAAUGAGUCAUCUAUGUUUUUUUAGAUCCUUUUUGAGGAAGACUCCAAAUUUACGUAGGAGGCCAAGUCUUCAUGAACAGGAUUCAAAUAGAUUUUUUCUUGACAUGGAAAAGGAAGAUGUACACAAGGAAAGGGAGAUGGUUGAACAACUUCUAGUAGAACCUAAUACAGGGUAUUCCAUCAUCUGUAAUGACCUUAAGAAGGUGUAUCCGGGAAAGGACGGAAACCCUAAUAAGUUUGCAGUUCGAGGUUUAUCACUUGCUUUACCCAAUGGGGAGUGCUUCGGUCUGCUUGGCCCUAAUGGUGCUGGAAAAACCUCUUUUAUUAACAUGAUGAUUGGGCUUACAACACCAACGUCAGGAAAUGCAUUAGUCCGCGGAUGCAACAUACUGAAUGACAUGGACAAUAUAUACAACAACAUGGGUGUUUGCCCACAGAAUGACAUGCUAUGGGAAAUGCUGACAGGUAGAGAACACCUUAUAUUUUAUGGCCGAUUAAAGAAUCUCAAAGGUUCCACUUUAACACUUGCUGUUGAAGAAUCAUUAAGAAGUGUAAAUCUAUUACAUGGCGGUGCUGCUGAUAAGCAAGUUAAGAAAUACAGUGGCGGCAUGAAAAGGAGACUUAGUGUUGCCAUAUCUCUAAUUGGAAAUCCUAAAGUUGUGUACAUGGAUGAGCCAAGUACAGGGUUAGAUCCUGCUUCAAGAAACAGCUUGUGGAAUGUUGUGAAGCAUGCAAAGCAAGACAAAGCAAUUAUUCUUACUACUCAUUCGAUGGAAGAGGCUGAGGCUCUAUGCGAUAGGUUGGCGAUUAUGGUAGACGGAAAGCUUCAGUGCAUAGGAAGCCCGAGAGAGUUGAAAGCGAGAUUUGGAGGAAUUUAUCUGCUGACAAUGACGACGUCUCCAGAAACGGAGCGAGAGGUAGAGAAUUUAGUCCAUGGACUCUCUCCCAGUGCGAACAAAAUAUAUCAUCUGUCGGGGACCCUAAAGUUUGAACUGCCUAAACAAGAAGUCAGAAUCGCCGAUGUUUUCUCGUCCGUGGAGAAUUUCAAGAGAAGAGUUGCUGUGCAAGCUUGGGGUUUGUCCGAUGCGACAAUGGAAGAUGUUUUCAUUAAAGUCGCUAAAGGAGCAGGCUCAUUUGAUGAAUUUCCAUAAUUGCUACAAUUUUCUUCUCUCGCUCAUUAUCCAUCUGAGCUUCUGCAUUAGAGCAACAUUAUGUAUCAAAUAGUAAAGAAUCUACAUGAUAUAAUGAUGUUUGUGUUAAUCCAAGCACACAUGAUUUUCUUGUUUUCUAGCAUUGAACAUUUCAAUGUAUCAAAAAUUUAAAGAGCUGUAACUAUUCACUUGUAUUUUACUAUGGAAUAUAAUUCAAUUUCUUGUUUUACCGUGAAUAAGUCAA